AUGAAUUUGCUGCGGACGGGACCGGGACCGGACCGGGAACAGAACCGGGACCGGGGGCAGAACCGGGAGCAGAACCCGGGACAGAUCCCGACCCCGACCCCGACCCCGACCCCGACCCCGAACCCGGACCCGAACCCGGACCCGAACCCGGACCCGGACCCGGACCCGAACCCGGACCCGGGAGCGGCGCCGCCAUCGCGGACCGUCUGCUUCGCCCCCGCGGCGGCGGCGGCGGCGGCGGCACCGGAGGAGGGCCCGGGGCGGGGCCGCGGGAAGGUCACGGUGCGCUACGACCGCAGGGAGCUCCGCAAGCGGCUGCACCUCGAGGAGUGGAUCCUGGGGCAGCUGACGGCGCUCUACGACUGCCGGGAGGAGGAGAUCCCGGAGCUGGAGAUCGACGUGGACGAGCUGCUGGACAUGGAGAGCGACGGCGCGCGCAGCGCCCGCGUGCAGGAGAUCCUCGUUGACUGUUACAAACCCACCGAGGUGAGUUUGGGGCAUUUCGGGGAAUUUUGGGGAAUUUUGGGGAGAUUUGGGGGAUUUUGAGGGAGAUUUUG